ACAUAUGUCAAUUCUUGAUUAGGGCAAUGAACCGGCACAUCUUCACUCCAUUCAUACGCCGUCCUCGAGGUUACCGAAACUGAUAGGAACAUUGGAGAUCGGUGAUAAAAAGUCUAACGAUGGGACUUCUAUGUUCAAUUUGUUCGCUAAUCAUGCCAAUCCUCAAUGGACCUUGAAAAGGCUGGCUGCUUCUCUCGUUUUCCUUCCAAAAUCCUCUCUCUUAUGCGCCCCGCAUCCUCAUAUGACGGAAAUACUACCGACCAGUAUACAUUAUACGAACAUCGUAUAAGAGGGCUCUCGUCUGCCAUCUGGCUGACGCAGAUACAGCCCUUUCCUCUAGGAGUUCCCCCUAGAGAACCACGCAUCCUUCGAGCCUACCGUGCAAUUGCCACACUGCUGACAACCAACUCCAUUGACGAAGGCCCUAUCACAGUCACUGGUGCGCCCGAAGUCGAUGCCUCCCUACGCGUGACGAUAGUAGCUCCUCAGUUUCUCAAUCCUGUCUCUGGGUCUGCGCGCGCGCAUUUUCGGAAAAUUGGCGACCAGAAACCUUCAAUAUCAGUUGAAAAAAUAUCAGUUGAAAAUACCGAAUCGCGUGCAAUGCAGGACCUUCCCGAAUUUGCCCAGCACGGUCCCGCACCUAUUGAUAUAGUGAAGCACAGUGCGGAUAUUUUUCAAAACCUAUUACACAGAUCACAGACCCCAACUUCUAGCCCGGAGAGCUUGAGGGUCUUCCGCCUCAUCUUGAGCCGCUGUUGCAUGGAGGUGAAAGCCCGUCUAGAUGCGGCCCAGUUUCUUCUCCAUUUCUACGGCGCUAUGACCCUCACCAGCGUUUUCAGAGGCUGGUCUCCUCGGCCUGAGGAUGUGUUGGAGUCUCGUGAUCCCUGGGAGGUAGUAGAAGAUCCGUGUCUUGUGCAUGAAUUGCAACAAGAACGCAUUCCGGUGCAGUUGUUCAAUGGCCAAAUGCGUUUCUAUUUCGGAGUUAAAACCGCUACUCGUUGGAUGGGAACUUUGCGCAAAACACUCGAGGAAUUAGUGGACGCCACGAAUCGGUAUGCCUUGAAGGAUUCAUCAGGACCCCAUCUCACUAGAAUGGCCAAAGCGAUGAGAACACUAGCACAUCUUUUGAAUACCCAGCCUAUUCAAAAGAUUUUCAAUUCACGGUCUCUUCAAACACAAUUGGACAUGCUGCGUAAGAGGAGAUCUCACUUUUCGAUUGAUGUAGUGCCAGCCGGCUCAGUUUUGAAGAUUAUUGAAGAUGAACGUCAAAUCGGCGAGACAGCAGGACAUCAUGUACUGCGUUAUCUUUUUUCAUUGGUUUCGUGGUAUAAGGCAGCUACAGUAGAUCUUCCCAGCCUCAUGAUGCGCUUGGCCAAUAGUCCUCCAGUUCUAUAUAUCGUACGGGUUCCAGUUCUACGCCCUCAGGCAAGGCCAAAAAUGCACUCUCCUAUCUUCAUCGCUAGAGAGGAAUUGAAUCGGUUUCUUACCUCGGAAGAUAUUGAAUAUGCUUACACAUCGAGGGAGCUGCAGAAAUUUAAUACCGCACUCGAUGAGCUCUUCGCGAGGAGACCGGCAGUAUCUUAUCCUACUUCGUCCACAUCACUAAAUGGAACCCCUUCAGAGGAUUUUCCCGGAAGCAUGCAUUCAGCAGGCGUUGCUCUCGCUGUGAUGAACGGCGACUCAUCUUCCAGCUCCCCUUAUCCGACGUCUCCUCAUUGGGUCCCAACGGAGACAAAACCUCGGAAAGCUCGAACGAUUCUGUCUUCUGUCCACUCGAGUCAGAUCUCUCCUGAGUACCUUGUUAGGCCCUCUCAUGGGGGUUUCGCCACAUCGUCUAAAAGGUGCUGCUAUUGCUGCAGUCUUUUAGACGAGAUUCUUUCUUCAUCUGUUCACAAUUCUUCCAGCCCUGAUAGUUUUUCAGAACCAACUGCGCCGUUCAAAGACCACUAUGGGAUUGUCGUCCCUUGGACUCCACCUCCCCUCGGAUACGGACUCGGCGUCAAGACCCUGGCGCUGUUAGAACGCGAACUGACUGCCCUACUAUUAGGAGGCAUUCUUAAAAAUUUAGACCAUGUGUUUUCGACAACUAAUGAGGCUAGAGCACAUCUUGACGACGACAUGUUGGCCUCUUACUCUGGAUCUUCUCACUCUCAAAUACCCGGCCGCCUGCAACGUUCCUCUAGGCUACCGACAGUAUUCGAGGUCUCAGAAAGUAAUCGUCGCAAUAAUAACCACUCACGAACCAACGGAGAGCGCUCCUAUCAAUAACAACUUCGUUCCUCUCAAUCUCAUACUUUAUGCUUCUUGAUCCGGACGUUUGUUCGAUGCUUCCUUGUUGUAUAUCGAUCGCUUCAUCACUGUAGCUCUAUCUUGCGUCUUUGAACUUUCUUGUACAUCGUUAUGCAGUACUUCGAUGUAUCCAACAUCUCUCGAACUUUUUGUUUAACCUUUCUACUUCAGUCAUGUACAGUACUCAUCGACAUAAUACUCGACAUCGU